AUGGCAACGGGCAAGGUCUCCAAGAAAGCUCGGGCAUCGAAAUCACGAAAGAGCCGGUACAAGGCCAAGCUGCGCGAGGAGGUGGAGCGAUAUUUUAAGACGUCCAAAGGUCUCAUCGGCCCAGAUGAUGUCGCAAGCAUCGAAGUGCCAAACUGGCCGGACUGGUUGAGCAAGAGGUUGCGAAAGGCGGGUUCGGAUCCGGAGGAGGCUGAACGUACCAGAUUCCUCGGGGAGUGCAUUUUGAGCAUCGAGGAUCGCGAUCAAAGAUCCGCGAAUGCUGACAAGAAGAUGCUCAACAACCUCCGGCGCAGGAGAUUUGCGUGCGUCCCGGACGUCAUUGCAUCAGCGAUCGACCGGCAGCCGACCGUCAGCGAUGUCGUUGAGAGGUACUGGAGCCUUGAGUCAGAGAGAAAGCGCACGGGCUACAAAGAUGCCUGGAGCACAGAGGAGGCGAAGUGA